AUGAACAACAAUCUCGACAAAUAUCUUUCCGAGCUGAAGGCCAAAAGUUCUUCAUCAUCCAAUAACAGUACUAAUAACAACUCGAGUGCCACAACUUCUUCCACAGCUGUUUCCAAUAGCUUUACAUUUAAAAGUAAAUCAACAGCCUCCGUCAGUCAGAAUCAAGCACUUCCCACAAAAUCAACUAGAACCAAUGUAAAUAAGACCUUCGGAACAGCAAUAACAACCCGAUCGAAUCCUUCAGCACAAACCACCACUUCUAGUGAUACCCCUUCGGAAAUAUUAUCAGCCUAUGGAUCAAUUUUAAAUAAUAAUAACAACAACAACAACAAUACCAACAACAGACAACAAAAUCACAAUGCUCCUUCCAUGGCCAUAAAGAAACGAAAAUUUGACGAUUUCCAUGAAGAGGAUCAUCACGAAUCUCCGACUGAAGAAAAGCCUUCGUCAUUUAUCACUGCCUCUACUCUGCUGAAUAGCAAGUCGUCCAAUACUGCUUUGAAUUCCAAUAACACCUCAUCAUCGUUCGUACGACCCAGUGUACGAAUUAAACCAAAAGAAAAUGGCAGUAUCACGAGCAAUUUGACUGUCAAAAGUAAUAAUAUCACCACUACUGCCACAAAUAGCAACAAAUCAAGAAAAUUGUGGAAAGACAAAGACGAAGAAAAUGCAGAGCUGGACGAGUUAAUGUCAUUUUCAUCCACAAAUGGCACAAAACAACAGUCAAUUGAUGAAAUCGUCAUUACUGAUGAUAUUCUUGAUGAGGAUGAACCAAUUUUAACACCUCCAGAUUUCAACUCCAAAAACAAUUCUGAACCUACAGCACAGUCAUCGAAUAGCAAAACAGGUUUUGACCAUGAUCCUAUUCUUGACGAAGACGUUCUUGGUGUUGAUUUAAUUUUGGAUGAAGAAGAAGAGUAUCAACGUAAUAAUCUCAAUGAUGACUCCACAUUACAGCAUUCAUCUACCUCAAUCAAUAAGACUAGCAUUGCAAAUGGCUCGAGUACUAGUGUAAUUAACAAGACCUCUUCGACACCAAAAUUUCAACCUCCACCCACAAAGAAAUUUACCUUACCUUCAAAAACCAGUAGCUCAUCCUCGUCAGAGCCACAAACAACAACAACCAACAUACAGGUCUCAAAGAGCAUUUUACCAAAAGCCUCAACAAAAGUGGCUCCACAAACACCCAAAUUUCCUGCUAAAUCUUCCUCCUCUUCGACAGUUCAAAACUCAAAAUCUGAAGCUGAGUUACUGGAAAGUUAUGACAAAUUGUCGCGAGAGCUUGUUGCCCUAUUGACAGACUGUUUGGAUUAUGCUGAUAGUCUUGACCCGAAUAGCGAAACCUUGAUAGAUUUCAUGUCACAAAAAGCUCAACUCGAAGCGUUGAGGCAAAAUCUUUCAGAUUCAAUGUCAAAUAUUUCCUCGUCAUCAACUACAAGCACCACCAACAAUGGUUUUGCAACGCCCUCAACUCCUGCCUUCUCAUCGUCUCGCACUGUGACAACACCAUCUCCCUCUAUUUCUUCUGCUUACGGCAGUAGUAGGCCACAAACAACCUUCUCUUCCUCGACCAUUCCAACAAACAAUUACAGCUCUUCAAGUAAGAAUGUCACUGUUUCUUCCGCCAUUAACAGUUAUGCGAGAAGUAAUAAUCACACCUAUGAGUUCAAUAACAACAAUGAUGACAUGCAAGAUGACGACUAUUCUCACUAUUCCAACUUUGAUUCGUCGCCCACAAGCAUUAGAGUUGAUGAUGAUGAAGAUGUUGUUUUCACAGGCAGUCAAAAGAGCUCAGCAUUUCCCACAACAAGCUCAUCCAAUAACUAUGCUGUCAAUGUUGAUGAAGAUGACGGAUUUGGUGCAGUUAUUCCAUUCGAUAAUAACAAUAAUGACAACUAUUCUUCAAGAUACAAUAAUAGUAGCAGCUCAUAUUCAUAUAGCAGCUCGAGCAGUAGCAGUCGAAUGCGAUCCCAAACACAAUCUGAACAUGCCUCUACUUCUCACGACAAUUCCUAUUAUGCCAAUGAAAAUUUCGAAUGGAGCAGAGAGCUCAAGAGUACCCUUAAAGAAGUGUUUGGUAUCAAUUCAUUCAGAAAUUUACAAUUGGAAGCAAUCAAUGCUACACUUUCAGGAAGAGAUGUUUUCAUUAUCAUGCCAACUGGUGGAGGUAAAAGUUUGUGUUACCAACUUCCAGCAAUUAUUGGUUCUGUAGGUGUGACCAUUGUCAUUUCUCCACUGCUCUCCCUUAUUCAAGAUCAAGUCAUGUCUCUCAUCAACUUGGACAUUCCAGCUGUUUUCCUUACGGGUGAACAAGACUCUGAAACAACCAAACAAAUUUACAGAGAAUUGGCCUCAUCAAAUCCAAGCUUCCGUCUUCUCUAUGUAACACCUGAGAAAAUCUCUGCAAGCGCAUCAUUUGUAAACAUUUUACGAAAGCUCUAUGAUCGUGGACUUUUCAAGAGAGUUGUUGUCGAUGAGGCUCACUGUGUGAGUAAUUGGGGACACGAUUUUAGACCUGACUAUCGAAAGUUAGGCGUAUUCAAGGACGAAUUUCCCGAUGUUCCACUUAUUGCUCUUACUGCCACCGCCACUUCACGUGUUCAACAAGACAUUAUUCAUCAACUCAAUAUUAAGAAUUGUGUCAGUUUGAAGGGCUCCUUCAACAGAACUAAUUUAUAUUACGAAGUGAGAAAAAAGGCUUCUUUGGAAAAAACUGCAAAGGAAAUUUCGGAUUUUAUCAAUGACAAGUAUCCCAAUCAAUCUGGAAUUGUGUAUUGUUUGAGUAAGAAGGAUUGUGAAAAGAUGGCUGAAGAGCUCACCUCUCUCGGUCACAAUGUUGGAGUGUACAACUCAGACGUAGCGGCAGCUGAUAAGCAAGAUGUUCAUGAAAAAUGGAGUCGUGACGAGUUGAAAAUUAUUGUAGCUACCAUUGCUUUUGGUAUGGGAAUUAACAAGCCGGAUGUACGUUUUGUCAUUCACCACAGCUUGCCCAAAUCCAUCGAAGAUUAUUAUCAAGAAUCAGGAAGAGCUGGCAGAGACGGUCUCGAAAGCCACUGUAUCUUGUUCUAUUCAUAUGCUGAUAAAGCUCGUCAGCAAAAAUUUUUGGAUAAUGAAAAGGCUAGCAAGAAUGGCUAUGAAAACAUUAACAAGAUUGUUUCCUAUUGUGAGAAUGAUUGUGAAUGUCGAAGAGUUGUACAGUUGAGACACUUUGGAGAAUCUUUUGAUCCAGCUCAAUGCAAAGGAAUGUGUGACAAUUGCAAAAAUGAAGCUCCAGUCGAAAAGAAGGACUACACCAAAGAAGCAUCAUCUUUCCUCAAAUUGGUCAAAGAUAUUGGAAAUUUCAAAUCGACCAUGUCGCACAUUGUUGGAGUUUGGCGAGGUUCUAAGGCAUCUAAAAUUAAGAGCUUACAGCAUGAUAAAUUGGACGGACAUGGAGCAGGAAAAGAUCUCAACAAGAAUGUUGCUGAAAUUCUAGUAUCGAAACUCAUUUGUGAUGGAUAUUUACUUGAAAAAGUUCAUGUAAAUGAACAGUAUGGUGGUAGUUACAGUCAACUCGGUGUUUCAUCGUCAGCCGAAAGAAUCAUUCAGGGACGAGACAAGUUUGAACUUCUCGUGAGAAGCAAAUCCAAAAAGACCAAAGGUUCUCUUGAAAAGAUGUUGACAAAGGGAUCUGCAUCCUCUACCACAAUUAAUUCCAAUACAAAGAAGAAGAAGGAGUUUGAAUCCAUGUUGAGCACUGCCCUUCAAGAUAAGAGAUCAGAAUUGGCGAAGCAGAAAGGUCUUCGUCCUUACAACAUUUUGGCUUCAAAAACUUUACAAGAGUUGAUCUCCCAACAACCUCUUGAUAUUGAGUCCAUGUCAGCAAUCAGCGGAAUGGGUAAAAAUGUUAUGGCAAAUUAUGGUCUAAUUUUCUUGGAAUUGAUUCGAUCCAUGAGAUCGAAAGAAAUGGGAGAUUGCCAACCACUUACAGAUGCUGAAAGAAAAGAAUUUAGUGAAAAGUACAAAACUUCGACCAAGUUGAAUAUUCGAACAGCAGCUUCGAAAACACCUCAACAACAAAUUGAAGAUGACAAGAAUGAUGAUGAGUUAGAUUUGAAUUUGGACGAUUUGGAAGAUAUCACUGAUCAAGUUGGCAGCAGUAAUGUUAGUGCGGUUGAACACAAUCAAAACUCAGAUAUUGACAUUUUAACUACUGAAGAAUGGGAAAGUUUAGAAGAUUUGGUUGAGCAAGAGUUUGGUGAGCCAUCUCAACCUCCACCCAAACCCUCAGCAAAGAACCAACCAAAGUACAGGUUUAAAAAUUUAUAA